UAAUAUUUCAUAUCAUAUGCAUUUUGUAUAAAGUUUAUUACAGCAUAUCAAUCAGUUCUCGUUAUGAAUCUUCAAUACUUAUUCAAUUUAACAAUUUUGGUCACAUAUUUUAAUUUCGGACACUCAUACAAGAUAUUAGUGGUAUUUCCAAUACCACAAUCCAGUCAUUUUAUAUUGGGUAGUACCCUCGCAAAAGGUUUAGCAAAUGCCGGACACGAUGUUACAUUUUUAUCACCGACUGAAGAUAAACAUCCACCGGAAAACGGAACUUAUAGGCAACUAGUGCUCCAUCAACUUCAUCAAGAAUACGAACGUCACAAUGUUAAUAUGUUUGAAUUGAUAUGUUCCAUAUUCCAAACAUUGAAAUUUUUUAAUAUGCUGAAUUCAUUGACGGAACUGGUAAUCAACUCCACAGAAGUUGAAGAGCUAGCUAAUAACAAAGAGGAAUUUGACGCAGUGAUCAUCGAGGAAUUUAUGACCGAUGCCCUCAAGGUUUUUCAAUACUUGUUUAAUGCCAAAUUGAUCGCGUACAGUCCAGUGGGACCUAAUUAUAUGAUCAAUGAUUUGGUCGGAAACCCGUCGGCUCUCGCUUAUGUUCCCGAAAUAGAUUUGUCUUUUACAAAUCCCAUGAGUUUUGUCGACCGUGCCGAAAAUUUCCUAAUGUACAUUUCUGAAAUGAUUUUAAAACACUGGGUCAUGAAACCAGCCCAGGAGGAGCUUCUGAGGAAAUAUCAUCCAAAUGCUCCCAGUAUAGAUGAAUUGCGAAGUUGUGUGUUUUUGAUUCUUAUGAAUUCUCACAUUAGUACUCAUCAAGCUACUCCGAUCGUUCCCGGUAUGAUACCAAUUGGAGGAUACCACGUACAACCAUCAAAAGGAUUCGAAGAUCAAGAAUUAAAGGAAUUUUUGGACAACGCAGAUGAAGGUGUGAUUUACUUCAGCUUGGGUUCCAUCUUGAAAAGUACAGAUUUACCAAAAGAAAAAGUAAAUAUUUUACUAAACACAUUUGGACAGUUGAAACAGAAGGUUGUGUGGAAGUGGGAAAAUGAUGAGUUACCCAGUAAACCUAAAAAUGUAAAGAUCAUGAAGUGGUCCCCACAACAAGAGAUUUUAGGCCAUCCAAAUGUGAAGCUUUUCAUUUCACAUGGAGGAUUAUUGAGUACUAUAGAAACUAUAUACCACGGUAAACCUGUGUUGGCUAUUCCAAUAUUUGGAGAUCAACCAUCAAAUACGCAACAGAUGGUUGACGCAGGUUUUGCUUUAAGACACGACUACCAUAAUUUAACUGAUUCCGAAGAACUUCUGGCUAAAAUUAUUGAACUGCUGAACAAUCCAAGAUAUUAUGAUAAUGCUCAGUUGAGAUCAAGAAUAUUUCAUGAUAGAGAAGUUAAACCAAUGGAUACUAUAAUUUUUUGGGUGGAAUAUGUUAUCAGACACAAUGGAGCAUCUCAUCUUAAAGUUGCAGGAAUAAAUUUACCGUGGUAUAAGUAUUAUCUCAUUGAUGUUAUAUUAUUUAUGUUUAUUACGAUUGUCAUCUCAAUAUCAAUAUUUUUAUGGAUCAUGCUUCACAUUUUUAAGAUAUGUUUGAGGAAGACUAACGUGACAAAUAUGUUUGAGUAUAAAAAGAUUAACUAAUUGUAAAUAUUAGAUAAGCUUAUAUCUGUAUAACAUUAAUUUAUUUUAAUAAACAAUUAUAUAAUUGGU